GAAGGGGCACCCAGUCCUCCAGGGCAGUAGAGUUGACAGUCCUCCCUCUUGGGCGACCUUUCUCUCCUUGUUUGCUCUGGGUGUUCGAAAAGAACAUUUUGGGAACAUCUUUCCCCUGAGACGGAAGGAGGAAGAAUAACUUUGAUCUUAUUUAUGGUUCCAUUGGUGUAAAAAAACAGAGAUGGUUGAAACAACCUUAACUGGUUCGGAAGGAGGAAGCAUUGAUCGCAUUAAUGCUGACAGCAGUGGGGAAUUGUGGGAGAGGACAGUACAAAUGUUUCUGAAUGAGGAGCCUGUCAGCUCAGACAUACAGCGCCAGUGUUUCAGGCAGCUCUCCUUCAAAGAGGGCGAGGGACCCCGAGAGAUUUGCAGCCGACUCCACCAUCUCUGCCGUCAGUGGCUGAAGCCAGAGCGUCACACCAACACAGAGAUCCUGGACCUGGUGGUCUUGGAGCAGUUCCUGACCAUCCUGCCCCCGGAGAUGGAGAGCUGGGUCAGGGAAUGUGGGGCAGAGACCUCUUCCCAGGCAGUGGCCCUGGCAGAAGGUUUUCUCCUGAGUCAAGCUGAGGCAGAGAAGGAGCAGAAGCAGCCACAGAAGAGAACGUCUCCUCCUGGUGCAAAGGUGAGCAG